AUGGCGUAUUCAAGCCAUCCGCUCCAGGAGAUGCUGGCCACUGGGGAUGAGAAGACGCUCUUCAAUGGCGACUUGAACGGUUUCGUCAACAACAUCACCGCGCUUCAAAUGGCGGCGAUGGCUGGGCAGACCGAGUGCGUGGCCCUUCUGCUAAAGGCGAAGGCGGACCCUCACGUCAAGGAGAGCAUGAACUACGGGAACGACCCCGAGGAUGGCAAGACAGCUCUGGAGUUCGCGAAGGAAGCUGGCUACGAUGACAUCGUGGAGGUCUUGGAACAGUCAGAGAAGGACACGCCCUACGGGUGGUAUGUGCCUUCCGGCGAGGGCAACAAUGCCAAGGCUUUUUGA